AUGACCUCUAAUGGGUUUGUAGCUGAAUUCUCCAUGGGAACUGCGGACAAUCAGAAGGCAAUGGAGUUAUUAGAAAACGCGAAGAGAAAAAUUGACACUUCUAAUUCAUGUUGGCAAAGAGCUUACAAGAAUCUAUUUACAACUUGCUCAGAUGUUUUGGCUGAUAGGGAGAAACAAUCUAGACUUGCUUGGCAUCUUAGUGAUUGCUUCCAAGAGGACACUGGAAGAACACCUUUCCCUACUUGUAACACUAAUGCUCCCAUGGUGAACUGCCUCAAGAAUUUGGAUGAGCAAGCACAUAAAGUUUACCUUGAAUUCUUCCUUCAGACCAACUUAAUUUGCCAUCAGUUACAGAGUGAUGCAUUCAAGCAACAAACAGAGAGAUUGGUAAAUGAUUUAAAGAUAUCUGCUGAACUUGUUGAGGAUAAACUAGAAAACAUGGAAGAGAGAUCAGACAGACUGUUACAAAACUCCAACCAAAUACAAGAUUCAUUAACCUCAAUUGAUCUUCGAACCCAACAAAUGGCAGAGACUUCUAAGGACGUUGAAGUCCAAAUUGAUGUUGUAUUAGAACAUUCAAAGGCUAUUUUUAAACAAUCAAAGGGAAUCCUAGACUCUCAAUCAGAGCUGCGUGAAGGACAAACAGAAAUGAAGGAAAAAUUAGAGUUAGAAAUGGCAUUGCUUCAUGAAUCUUACCAGACCUUGGGACAGGACAUAGAGCAUCUAAGAAAUGAAGCUGUUGCAAUAGAGAGAGAGAUAAACCAAGUCGGAGAAUCAAUGUCAUCAAAGAUGAAAAGUCUUCAAAACACAGCUGAUGAUAUAGGCAGCAUUGCAGGGACAUCUCUAGAUAUACAAAAAGAACUUCUUGAUGGACAAUCAACAGCACUCGAGGGUCUUAAUUCCCUCACUAACUUUCAAUCACAGGCAUUGGAAGAAAGCAGGGCUGCUUUGCACAAGCUGGCUGAAUUCAGUCGCAAGCAACAAAAAGAGCUCCAACAACAACAACAACAGCUGCAACAAACCCAUGAUCAACUUGUCGAAAAUUCAAAAUCUAUUUUGGCAGCUCAGGAAGCCUUUGAAUCAAAGCAGGCAAGCAUUUUUGUUGCUGUUGAUAAGCUCUUCAACUUGCACAAUGCCAUGUUACUCGAGUCACGUUCUAUUAAAACUUUCUUCUUUUAUGCCUCAACCAUCUUUGUCCUGUACAUGCUAACAAGUACAAAGCAUACAUAUUGUGUAAGGGCAAGGGUUUAUCUAGGACUAUGUGCUACAUUCUUGAUUGAGUUAGCGAUAAUCCGAUUUUUGGAUUAUGAUAUCAAUCAGCAAACUGAGAUAGCAUCUAAAGUAUAUUGGUCUAGAUCAUCUUUUUUAUUCGUUGCUGCUAUUCAGAUUCUACAUUCUAUAUUCACUUACAGGGACUAUGAAGUGCUAAACUAUCAGAUGCUAAUGACCCUUAAUGAGAAGAUUAUUGCAAUGGAAAGAAAUAAGCAAUUGUCCCUGGGCAUGGAUUUCGAUACCGACACUGAGAGUAAUGUUAACUUGUCCUCAUGGAUUGUUAAAGAAUUACCAGAAGAUGUAGAUAAUUGCUUGGACCCUGAUUAUAUGCUACCAGUAGAAGAAGUUGGGGAGAAUUCUUUUUCAACCACUUCAAUUACAAGAAGAUAUAAUCUUCGUUCUCAUCUUCAUCAAUGA